AUGAGUCGACCCGGUAAGAAAAGUCGUUUCAUCGACGAUCUCGACAACGAAGUCGUGUAUCGCCCAUUGCCUCCAGCACUUCUCAGACCAGCUACUGCUCCUGCAGAAAGCUAUCUGUGGAGAUCCGGUGCCGUUCGCAGAUCAUCCAAAGCAGUUCCCAGCUCGGGAAUCAGAAAUCCUGCGACCAGCUUUGAGGAGAUGAAUGGCAGUCAAGACAAGAACGAGGGAAAGGAAGCCGACAACAGCAAACGAUCGUCUCCAAUCAUGGAUGAGCUCUUUUUCUGUUCCAGCCCUAGCUCCCAGGCUAGUACUAUCCAAGAUUGGACGAAUCGUGACUCUGACCAGGUAUGCACCCUCAAGCUGACUAACAGAGUCCGCCGCAAAGCGAAAGAUCUAAUCAAACGUUUGCAGACCCUGUGGCUCGACGAGAACGAGAGUCCUGAAGCUCCUCCGUCCGAGCAAGAUGCUAGCCAGCUUAUCCGCGCAACUGAAACAGAGACAGGCUCUAGCAUGAGACCCACCAGUGACUGGAAGGCCCUGCUCAUCUGGAACCAUGACAGCAUCCGCAAUCUGAUGAAGCUGCUCAAGCUUUGGGCAUUGCAUGGCGUGCCAGCCAGCGAGAUGGGCCUGUUCCUGGAGUCGAUGUUGUACCAACACGAUGAGCACAUGCACCACAAGUUGACCCAGUUAGUCGACGCCAACGAAACUUACGCGGAAAUUGCCCGCACGGUUAUGCAACACUACCAGAUCCGCGACGACGACAAGACGCCGCUGUGGUUGACUGUCGAUCCAGGGGACGCAAACUAUCGCCCACGAGACAAGCAGCAGCAGGUGAACAGCUCACGGAUUAUGCGUGAGAAGCUGAGGAAACGACAGGAAGCUUCCCAACAGAAGGUGAGCACAAAUCAUAACGGGGCUGGACACCAGCCCUGGUAUCAUAUUCCUGCACCACGACCUGCUCGUCCUAUCAAUUGGCCUUUGUUCUUGAGUGACCUCAAGCUGGGCCAUUCCCUCGAGGGCAAUGAUGAGGACGUAUGUGGCGGGGAGGGAGGCAUUCAUCGCAGAUUCGACGAGGACUUCAUCCGUCUGGGUCGUGUAAAGGCGAAAAAGACAGUCAUCGUCGAGCAGCCUAGCUCCCUGGCUCAACCCAUGUCCGCCGAGCUAAUCAAUCCCACGCAGACUGAUUUGGAGCAGCAGCAGAACAGAAAGGGCAACCCCAAUCGCAGGGUGUCCUCCUAUUCACAAACGAAAUCCGCUGUCAACGGUACUUCCAAGAACAAUGACAAUGCCGAGACGGAGGCUAAUUCCUCGCAGCCUCAUUCCACCAAAUCCAGUCAGCCCGGGCCAUCGGGGACUGACUCAACUGCGUCUGAUUCUCAAUCUUGUCCUUCAGCAAGGAAUCCGCCUCGAGCUCCCGUUCCAGCCAGUGCCUUCAUUGAGCACAUCAUCGAUGCUACAUGCGAGCAGCUCAGUGCUAUGGACUUCCAUGACGGCACGGACUCUAGGAGAAUGUUCCUCUGA